CAGCCGCCAGCAGAACUGCCCCAUCGACCGCGCCAGCCGCAACCGCUGCCAGCACUGCCGCCUGCAGAAGUGCCUCCGCCUCGGCAUGUCCCGUGAUGCCGUCAAGUUUGGCCGCAUGUCCAAGAAGCAGCGGGACCGGCUGCAUGCGGAGGUGCAACAGCAACUGGAACAGCAGCAACGGGACCGGGACCGGGACCAGGACUGGGAGCGGACGGCCCAAAGCACACCCAGCUUCACCAUAGGGCUACCGGGUUGCCGGGGCCACCCACUGCCCCCCAGCAGCCCAGGGUGCCCCAGUGCCACAACGGAGGGUGAGCGGAAGGAGAUGGCGACGCGGGACAGGGAUGGAGAUGGGGACGGUCCUGGUGUGUGCCCCCACCCCGGGGUUGGGAGCAUCCUGGAGUCACCUGCAUUGGAGAUAGAGCUGCUCACACAGAGCGUGCUGGCAUCGCACCGUGAGACGUGCCAGCUGCGUGCCGAGGAGCUGCAGCUGCUCCGCAGGGAAACCUUCAGCCGUGAGGAGGUCUGCGCCUUCCAGAAAAAGCCGCCGGAGGAGAUGUGGCAGCGCUGCGCCUGCCGGCUCACCGAGGCCAUCCAGCGCGUGGUGGAGUUUGCCAAGCGGCUGCGCGGCUUCAUGGAGCUCUGCCAGAACGACCAGAUCGUCCUCCUCAAGGCGGGCGCCAUGGAGGUGGUGCUGGUGUGGAUGUGCCGGGCCUUCAACCCCGACAACCGGACCGUCUUCUUCGAGGGCAAGUACGCUGGCGCUGAGCUCUUCAGGUCGCUGGGCUGCCCCGAGCUCAUCGGUUCCAUCUUCGACUUUGCACAGAACCUCUGUGCUCUGCGCUUCUCAGAGGGGGAGGUGGCCCUUUUCAGCGCCAUCGUCCUCAUCAAUGCUACCCGCCCAUGGCUGCAGGACCCAGGGAAGGUGGCCCGGCUGCAGGGACGCCUGGAGGUGGCCUUUCGGCUGCUGCUGCGCAGGACGCAGCGUGAGGGGCUGCUGGCCAGGGUGGGGACACGGGGGGGGUCACAGGGGACAGGGUGUGGGGUGCUGUGGGGCAUGGGAUACUGUGGGGUGCUAUGGGAUGCCAUGGGUGUCUCAUGGUUGUUGGGGUGCCAUUGGGGUGUGGAGUGUAGGGUGCCAGAGGUCGUGGGGCCAUUGGGGUGCCACGGGACAUAGGGUGCCAUGGGACAGAAGGCAUGGAAUCCUUGGGAUAUGGGGUUUCAUGAGGAGCGGGUGCUGUUGGGGUGCUGUGGGACAUUGCAGGGCAUCACGGGGUGCCAUGAGCGUGUCACGAUCACUGGGUGCCAUGGGGAUGCCAAGGGACACGGAGUGUGAUUGGUGUAUCCGGGCCAUUGGGGUGCCAUGGUUGGGUGCCAUAGUGGUGCUAUGGGGAUGUCCUCAGUGUCCCACACUCGUCGUUACCCCCUUCCCCCCCCAGCUGCCGCCGCCGGGCCGCCUGCGGGCGCUGUGCUCUCAACACGUGGAGCAGCUGCAGACCUUCCGCCGCCUGCGUCCCGCCGCGCCGCU